AUGGACUACUCCGAUGCGGCUUGGUACGAUGUGGGUGGCGAGUCUGACAUGAUCUUCGCCCAGUGGCUGCUGGACCGCUGCGCCGACUUGUCCGACGUGGCGACGCCGGAGAGCCUCGAGGCGUGCGAGCGAGUGCUUCCGUGGUUCAGGAUCCGCCAGCGCCUGCGCGUGGAGCUGGGGCUCACCUGCUCGGAGACUGACGCAGAUGAGCCCAUUAGGCAACCAUCGUGGAGUGUGAGUGCAAUAGUGCAGGAGGUGGGGGGCGAUCUCCGGAGAUUGCGUCGCGAACUCGCCAAUUCCAGUUCGCAGAGUGGGGGGAUUUUGGAGAAAGCGGCUGUGGCCGAAGUGGUGGAGACGGCCACGGAGCUGCUCAUCAGUCGGGCGGCUGGAGAGGACGAAAUGGAGUUGUACGAGUGGACGGAGGUACUGGAGGGCGAGUGGCUCUGGAAGGACAAAGCCAGAGAUGCGGCAGUAGCCGCGUGCGGGCAGGUGAUGGCCUUCGUGAAGCUGUUGCUUGAAGCUCCUAGUGGUGAUGAUCACCAGGUUAUCAAUGUGCCGACGAUUGCUUCCGAUACGGAGUGGUUGUGGUCUUUGGAGCUGCAGCAGAUUCCGAAGAUGAACACUGAGGAAGCGAACCGUCGAAGGGUUGCGAAGGACAUCGAGUCCAUGGUCCGCCGCAAGUGGCCGCGGUGCAAGCUGGAGGUCUUCGGCAGUUCCUUGUCGCUAUAUGGAUCGCUGGGCUCGGAUCUGGACAUGAGUAUGCUAACAAAAGGACCGUGUCGUGGAAGCAGGUUGCCAGAUGAGAUGCUGGGGUUUUAUUAUCUCAAACGACUCGUGGACAGAAAGGUUUGGGAUGAGGAGGAGGUGAAAACAGACCUAGGUGCACGUGUCCAGCAGCUGGAGAGGGUGUCUUCGCAGGCCCUUGAUAGCCCCAGCAGGCUCUACAACUCCAAAGACCCAAAGCAACAACAACACGCGGUACUCUUCGACAUAUACAUGGAGCUACUUGAAGAAGCAGUUACCUCCAAAAUCGAUGGCAUCUACUGGCGAGCCGAGGUGUACGGUGAUACCGUUACCACUCCAAAAAAUGGAUCCAAGGACAAGCUUCUCCGCGACAGCAAGCGUCGAAAGAAUGAGCUCUUCGAUCUCAAAUCCAUUCUGGAAGCUGAACCUGAGAUUCAGAUCCAAUCCUUAGCCUCUCACGCGCGCGUCCCCGUCAUCCGCUUCCAGUACAGGCAAGGUGACCUCGACUACAAAUGCGACUUGUGCUUCGACAACGAGUUGGGUCUGCGAAACACCCGACUACUGCGUGCGUACGCGUCUUACGACGACAGAGCCCGCGACUUGGGCCUGGCUGUGAAAUACUGGGCCAAACAGCGUGGAAUCAGCGACACCGCGUCGGGAUUUCUGAGCUCGUACUCGUACGUGCUCCUCAGCAUUUACUACCUGCAGAUCGUGCACGUGCUCCCGAACCUUCAAGCCCCACGACUUCUUGAGCUCGCGGGUGUUUCACCCGAGUACUACGACAACAUGAACAUUGCCUUCUGUGAAGACCGAGAGAUCGCCGCUGUCUUUCACGAGCAAACCAGUGCCGACGUGGAUUCGCAAGACGCGUCAAUAUCUGAGCUGCUGCUGGGGUUCUUCAAGUUUUACGCCACCCAGUUCGACUACGUCAAGCACGCGGCGGCCAUCCGAACGCCCGAGAGAUCUGUGUCGAAGCAGUCUCUGUGGGGGACCAAGGCCAAAUCGUGGCGCAUGAGCAUCCAGGACCCUCUCCAGACAUCGCGUGACCUAGGCGGCAUGCUCCACUUCAACAGCCAGCGAAAGAUCGCUCAGGAGAUGCGUCGAGCUCACGAGUUGCUGGCGCAGCGUGGAAGUUUCCUGGACAUGGUGUGCUAA